CUACAACCACCACAAUCACCAUCAUCAUCCACCACAUUACCACCAUGUCUAUCCUCUCUCUUUCACUAGCCUUCCUCUUACUCUUCCAUGGCACUUGCCUUGCUCUCCGACCCUUCCAACAAACCCAAAACCAGUGUCAGAUCCAAAGAAUCAAUGCCCUUGAACCGAAUGAACGCGUCGAAGCCGAAGCCGGUUUUACCGAGUUCUUCGAUUCCGGUGACCAGCAGUUCCAGUGUGCUGGAGUGGAGGUCAUCCGCCACCACAUCCAGCCACAAGGACUUAUGUUGCCUUCUUACAUAAACACUCCCCUCAUGGUCUACAUUCUCCAAGGGAGGGGUUAUCAAGGAAUAAUGUUACCCGGGUGUCCGGAAACGUUUCAGUCUUCGCAACAAGCCGAAGAACGCGGGUUCCAAGAUCGCCACCAGAAGAUCCGUCAUUUCCGGGAAGGUGAUAUGAUUAUCAUCCCUGCUGGAGCUGCUCACUGGAUGUACAACGAUGGACAAGAAGAGAUAGUUGCUAUUGUUAUGCUUGACUCCACUAACGAAGUUAACCAGCUCGACCAAUUCCAUAGGAGAUUCUUCCUGGCCGGAAACCCGAAACGAAGCGGUCAAGAGACACCAGAAGAAGGUUCCGGCAACAUUUUCCGGGGAUUCGAUCUCCAAAUGCUUUCUGAAGUGUUCCACGUUGACCAAGAAACAGCUUCAAAGCUUCAAAGCCCAGAUGACACAAGGGGUCACAUUGUGAUGGUGGAAAGAGGCCUUCAAGUUGUCCGACCGCCAAUCCGAAUUCAAGGUCCUGCUAAUGGUUUAGAAGAAACCUUUUGCUCAGCUAGAUUCACAGCCAACAUCAACGAUGUUUCGCGUCCCGAUUUCUUCAACCCGGAAGCUGGUUGGACCACUUAUCUUAACAGCUUCAAACUGCCUAUUCUUCAAAUGGUCCAACUUAGUGCCGAAAGAGGAGUUCUUUACAAUAAUGCUGUAAUGUCGCCAUACUGGAUGACGAACGCACACGAGAUCAUCCACGUGACACGCGGAAACAUGAGGAUGCAGAUAGUGAACAACGAGGGACAAGCCGUCUUUGACGACAUGAUCCAGGAAGGGCAGGUGGUGGUGGUGCCACAAAAUUUCGCGGUAAUAAAACAGGCUCAAGAACAAGGGUGCCGGUGGAUAUCUUUCAGGACCAACGACAACGCCAUGAUGAGCACAUUGGCGGGUAGAACAUCGGCUAUAAAGGCGAUGCCUGUGAGCGUGCUCAUGAACGCGUACCAGAUGUCCCCCGAGCAGGCGCGGAGCUUGAAGAAUAAUAGAAUGGAGACAAUGAUGUUCAACCCACGUUCUAGGUACUAGGUUUCGAGCAUGGAUGUAAGGAAUAAGAUGGUUAGGUUAUGUGUAACGUAAAGUUGUAAGUUGUAACCUAUGUGAAAAGAAAUAAGAGGUUUUAAUAAAA